AUGGCAGGCGUGCUCCAAGCGGCACGAUCGAUUGUGGCUGGAUUUAAAAAUCCCCAAAUUCGCGAGGCCGGCGUGUUCCAAGCGGCACGAUCGAUCGUGGCUGGAUUUAAAAAUCACCGAAUUCGCGAGGCCGGCUGCAACGUCGUGGAUGGACAGACUGCUCCGGUCGUCGCAUUGCUCGCCGCGUCUCUUCGGCCUGCCUUAACUGACCGACAGGGUGUGCCUUCGUGCCGAUCGAUAAUGACCGACUGA